AUGAAUGGGACUACCGAAGACGAGGAAACAUCCCCGUCCUCAACGCCCACGUUGAAUUCAUCUACAUUGCAAAAGCAUGAAUAUGCGGAGGUACCCACGAUUAAGGUAGCCAUGAUAAUUCAAACAGAAGGGCCGCUGAGCCCAGAUGCAGGAGCUAAUAUGGAUGUUACUACGCAAGACGGUGGACCUCAGAGUUGUGGUUCUGUUGCCAGUAUAGAGCUUGCUGCACAGCCAGGUGUCACGGGUAUAGAGAACACUACGGGCGAAGAGGCUGUAUCUGAUGAUUGUAGAGACAAUGGUAGUCUGCCGAGCAAUACACCCCUGCCUGCGAAUAAGAUGCUCAAACCUCAGCUUAAGCCAGUAUGUGCAAGAUAG